AUGACAAGAGGAAUGACAGCCUUCCCUGCUGGACUCAUGGUCCUCCUUAUAGCUGUUGUGGUCUUCCUCCAUCUUCUUCCUCAAGAUAACUAUUGUGCUCCUUCUUCCUGUGGCAAUAUCCCCAACAUCAGCUUUCCGUUUCGAUUAAAAAGUGAUCCACUGAAUUGCGGAGACACAAGGUAUGAGCUCUUAUGUGAUGAGAACAACCAUACGUUGUUAUCUUUACAUGGUAGUAAAUACUACGUAAGCCAAAUCGAUUACAACAACUACACCAUCCGAAUUAUAGACGCAGGUAUUCAGGAGGAUAAUUACUCCUUCAUCCCUUGUUAUUCUCUAAACCGUCGUGGUUUGAAUAAUUGGGAUUCAGAUUCAGGAUAUGUAAUAGGUUUUUGGAGAAAACAAGCAAGAUUGAUAGAUGCAUCAGAAGUUGUGGUUAUUGUGAAUUGUGAAAAGCCAGUGGCUCCGGUUCCUCUUUCCAUUUCGUCUCGACUUCUACGAAUUGUUCUAAUAUUAAUAAUGGAUCUGGGUCUACUUCCAACCCCUCUUUGUCUCAAUAUUCCAAAAGGUACAUAUAUCUUAUUGUUGGCAAUGGAGUGAAAGCGAU